AUGCCUUCCAGUCACUUCCCUCUUCAGCGGCGGUCCAGCUGCGACUCGAUAUGUUCCGAAUCGGUGUCUGUCGAGUCCGUAGAGUCUAUAGAGAUGUCUUCUUCAUCUACUUCAUCCUGUCCAUCUGCUCAACCCUCGCCACCGCCAUACCGAACCUCCUCGGCCUCACAACAGCCAGCUGUUGAGCCUCUCCCCUCAACUAAUCGGAUCAAAAAGCGCAAAUUCCACUCGGAUUUCGAGGAUACUCUCCACAAUCUGGCCAGACCUCUCCUACCUUUUGUCAACAACGACACCGGCGCAAUCCACCCGGAAUUUCCACGAACCCCUUGUGCCUUCAACCUACUCACCUCCGACCAGCUCGACAGUCUGGCCCGCCACUACCACCAAGUGUGGCCGGCCCAGCCCCCCACUAAUACUUAUCCUCAUCGGGUUCGGCCCUGGGUCGGCGCGCCAGAUGAGUCAUGCAUUGAUCUUGCAACUAAGCGGCAACGCUUCGGGCAUUUUAUCGGAAUGCCUGGGUACUUGGAAUUCAGCAACAGUGCUCUGCCGAUCCCACAGCCUAUGGAUGCAGAGGGAAGGAGUAAACGGCGGAAGGAGGAGAAUUAG